UUUUUUUUUUUUUUUUUUUUUAAAGAUUUAUUUAUUUAUUGUAUGUAAGUACACUGUAGCUGUCUUCAGACACUCCAGAAGAGGGAGUCAGAUCUCAUUACAGAUGGUUGUUAGCCACCAUGUGGUUGCUGGGAUUUGAACUCCAGACCUUUGGAAGAGCAGUCGGGUGCUCUUACCCACUGAGCCAUCUCACCAGCCCUUUUUUUUUUUUUUUUUUUAAGGGUGGGGGUUCUCAAGGAUCCCACGCUGCUCUUGAAGUUGCUAUGCAGUUGAUGAUGAAUUUGGGUUUCUGACCCUUUGCUUCUAGAGUGCUGGAUUACAGGCGUGCACCACUAACUACUCCAGGCUAGAGCUCUCAAUGACUUAUUUCUUAUUCUUCUGCCACAGGAUCUACGUAUGUAGACAUAUGCUGGCUGGCUGGCUGGAACUCGCUUUGUAGACGAACCUGGCCUGGUAUUCACAGAGAUCUGCCUCCCCAGAGCAGAGCGACCACACCCACCCUCAACUAUUUUUAAGAAACCUGGCCGCAGCUGACAGGUCGUAAACAAGUCUGACCCGCAUCCCAAGCUCCGCACAGCGUGCGAGCGGGCUAACGGAGUAGCGGGCGAGCGCAGACACCGGGGCGGGGGUGGAGGGGGUGGGGGCGGAGCCAGCCGAGUGCUGGAGAAAACUAGGUCACAAAAGUAAAGUAGGUCUUUGUGCGGCUCUUUACGACACGUCGUGUUUGGACGGGUCUGGCCGUAAAGCAGGCUCGAGCCGAGCAAGCCAAGGCCGCGGACCAAGCUGCUAUGGCGGACAUGGAGGACCUCUUCGGGAGCGAAGCUGAGAGCGAGGCCGAGCGCAAAGAUUCCGAGUCUGAGUCCGACUCGGACUCUGACCAGGACAACGGCGCUUCUGGCAGCAACGCCUCUGGCAGCGAAAGUGAUCAGGAUGACAGAGGUGACUCCGGACAGCCCAGUAACAAGGAACUGUUCGGGGACGACAGUGAGGAGGAGGGGGCCUCUCAUCACAGUGGCAGUGACAAUCACUCUGAACGGUCAGACAAUAGGUCGGAGGCUUCCGAGCGCUCUGACCACGAGGAUAAUGAGCCCUCUGACGAGGACCAGCACAGUGGCUCUGAAGCCCACAACGAUGACGACGAUGAGGGCCACAGGUCGGACGAAGGGAGCCGUCACUCAGAGGCAGAAGGGUCUGAAAAAGCCCAGUCAGAUGAUGAGAAAUGGGAUGGAGAGGAUAAAAGUGACCAGUCAGAUGACGAGAAGCUGCAGAACUCUGACGACGAGGAUCGGGAGCAAGGGUCCGAUGAGGAUAAGCUGCAGAACUCUGACGACGACGAGGAGAAAAUGCAGAACACAGAUGACGAGGACCGGGCCCAGAUUUCUGAUGAUGACAGACAGCAGCUGUCUGAGGAGGAGAAGGGGAAUUCUGACGAUGAGCAUCCAGUAGCUUCUGAUAAUGACGAGGAGAAGCAGAAUUCGGACGAUGAGGACCAGCCGCAGGUGUCCGAUGAGGAGAAAAUGCAGAACUCAGACGAUGAAAGGCCACAAGUCUCAGAUGAAGAUGGAAGGCGUUCAGACGGUGAGGAGGAGCAAGACCAGAAGUCAGAAUCUGCAAGAGGCAGUGACAGUGAAGAUGAAGUUUUACGACUGAAGCGCAAGAACGCGAUUCCAUCGGAUUCCGAAGCAGACAGCGACACCGAGGUGCCCAAAGAUAAUAAUGGAACCAUGGAUCUGUUCGGAGGUGCAGAUGACAUAUCUUCAGGGAGUGAUGGAGAAGAUAAGCCCCCAACUCCAGGACAGCCUGUGGAUGAAAAUGGCUUGCCCCAGGAUCAGCAGGAGGAAGAGCCCAUACCUGAGACCAGAAUAGAAGUGGAGAUCCCCAAAGUAAACACGGACUUGGGCAAUGACUUAUAUUUUGUUAAACUGCCCAACUUCCUCAGUGUAGAGCCCAGGCCUUUUGAUCCUCAGUAUUAUGAAGAUGAAUUUGAAGAUGAGGAGAUGCUGGAUGAAGAGGGGAGAACCAGGUUAAAAUUGAAGGUAGAAAACACUAUAAGAUGGAGGAUACGCAGAGAUGAAGAAGGAAAUGAAAUUAAAGAAAGCAAUGCGCGGAUCGUCAAGUGGUCAGAUGGAAGCAUGUCCCUGCAUUUAGGGAAUGAAGUGUUUGAUGUGUACAAAGCCCCACUGCAGGGCGACCACAACCAUCUUUUCAUAAGACAAGGUACUGGGCUGCAGGGGCAGGCCGUCUUUAAAACGAAGCUCACCUUCAGGCCUCACUCUACAGACAGUGCCACACACAGGAAGAUGACCCUGUCACUUGCAGAUAGAUGCUCAAAGACACAGAAGAUUCGAAUCUUACCAAUGGCUGGCCGUGACCCUGAGUGCCAGCGCACAGAGAUGAUUAAGAAAGAAGAAGAACGCCUGAGGGCCUCCAUCAGGAGGGAGUCUCAGCAGCGCCGGAUGCGAGAGAAACAGCACCAGCGGGGGCUGAGCGCCAGCUACCUGGAGCCUGAUCGCUACGACGAGGAGGAGGAAGGCGAGGAGUCCGUCAGCCUGGCUGCCAUUAAAAACCGCUACAAAGGGGGCAUCCGCGAGGAACGAGCCAGAAUCUACUCCUCGGACAGUGAUGAGGGCUCCGAAGAAGACAAAGCUCAAAGGUUACUCAAAGCAAAGAAGCUCAACAGUGAUGAGGUGAAUCUUCUGGAAAGAGGAAAGCGGAAGACGAUGACAAAGCGAAUAAAAAGCAUAAGAAGUAUGUGA